AAGACUGUCGUGUGCGCGAACAGUGUGUGUGUGCGUGAGAGGGAGAGAGUAGAGAGUAGAGAGAGUAAUAAUGGGGGGAGAAGACGAAGACGAUCCACAGAGGGUGAAGAGGAUAGGGGCGUCGGCGUACGACUACGAGAAUGACCCGAGAUGGGCCGGGUACUGGUCCAACAUACUCAUCCCUCCUCACAUGGCAUCUCGCUCCGACGUCGUCGAUCACUUCAAGCGCAAAUUCUACCGCCGUUACAUCGAUCCUGAAUAUGUUGUUGAGGCAAUGGCUUCAAGCAGCUCCUCCCAGUCACCAAGGCCAACACCAUCAUCUUCGAAUCCAAGUGACCAAGCCGGAACACGUAACUCAGGAUCAUCUACAAGAGCAUCAGGGUCAACUACUGCAGCUCCAAAUUCGACUUCUCUGCGUUUGGAUCAACAAAAAGUUCAAUUUCUAUCAAAUGCUUGGGUACUCGUGGUUGCUGUGCUUGCAAUGAUUCCUCUAGUACCUACAAGUCUUUCAAAUUGGGCAUACCGGCUUUCUUUUAUGGGCACUGCAUGUUCUUCACUGUACACUUUGUACUCUCUGAACGGGAAACCUAGAGCAUGGAAUUUACAGGCUGUGCAAGUGUGGUUCCAGUCCGUGAUGGCAACCAAAGAGUUUAUUUACUUCAUUUACUGCCUUACGUUUGUCACAUCACAUCUUUACCUCCGAUUUGCUUUAAUUCCCAUUUUGUCCCGAGCUCUGGAGCAUGUUGCCAAGUUCCUCAGACGUAAUUUCAGCCAUUCUUCCUUGUAUAGGAAGUACUUGGAAGAGCCAUGUGUAUGGGUAGAAUCAAACACAACUACGCUCAACAUUCUUUCUUCGCAAGCUGAGAUUGGACUUGGAUUUCUUCUUGUUCUUUCUCUAUUCUCGUGGCAGCGCAACAUAAUACAAACAUUCAUGUAUUGGCAGCUAUUAAAGCUCAUGUAUAACGUCCCUGUGACUGCUGGUUACCAUCAGAGUGUGUGGGCUAAGAUUGGAAGGACUGUUGAUCCAUUGGUUCACCGUUAUGCACCAUUCUUGAACAAACCAAUUUCAGCUGUUCGAAGAUGGUGGCUCAGGUAAAACACCAGAGAAGAUGAAGUGGGAUGAGCUAGUAGUAUCCGAUAAAAUUAAAUCAACGGUGGAUUUAACCGGCUUUUUGGAUUUUCUAUGGAGAAAUAUAUACUGUUUUAUACAAGCAUUUGAUCUAAGGAGGCCGUUCCCACUUUAUGUACUUUGACAUUGAAUUGGCAUGGGAAAUAGAAGCUGGUAAAAUGUUUGGGCCGUUGUCUGGCUUCGAACAGAAUUCUCAUUGCAGGUCCAGCAAUAUAAAUUCAGUGAUGAACAGAUUAAGGGCA